AUGGAUCCCGAAUCUAAUCACAUGAAUAACUUGGAUGUAUGUAAAGACCUUACACAGAUUACUUUUGAAUUGUACGAGCGUACUCGUAACGCAUCCGGUGACGAUAAAGAAUACUCAUUACGCGUGGCAUUCAGCCCAGGUGCCCACGAUCCUAAUAUUCUCGACAUCCAACUUGAUGCUAGGCAUUGCCUUAAUGUGGCACCGAGGAAGAAUUUGACCGAUCAUUUGCCACUUGAUGAAGCUUUAUCUUAUUAUAAACGGAAACUUCAUAAUCCGCAAAUGGCAGCCGUUGAAGAACAAUUACACCUUAUGCAUGAAAACAACCAUCGCAAUUCUCCAUCCCCGAUGCAUAAUGACAUUUUGCGUUUAAGCAAAUCGUUUUAG